AUGUCAGGUCCGAUGAACUUCUUUUUGGCUGCCGUGCUGCUGUGCGCGGCCGCGCCACUGUGUCGAGCAGAAAUCGACCUCCAGGGAACAAACCAGGGUAGAGGGCUGAAGCAGCUGCCACCGCUGCCGAUUUCUAUACCGCUGCCGCCCUUUUUGACGGGCAACGGUGGCGGCGGUGGCCUACUGGGGGGUCUCCUGGGCGGGGGCCUCCCGGGGCCGCGGCAGCCGCCGUCGCUGCAGACGCAGCCGCGCGCCAACGCGUCGGCCACUGGCGGCUGCACGGCAACAUUUGCCGGAGUGCUCGCGAGCCAGCCGGACCUCUUCUUCAUCUCCUCGGCCCUGGGAAUGAGCGGGUUCCAAAACAGCCUGCCCAGCCCCAGCCUGGGCCUCACCAUCUUCGCGCCCAACAACGCCGGCUUCCUCAAGCUACUUGACGAACUGAACCUGGGCCUGCUGGACCUGCUACAGCUGCAGGACAAGCUGCCGGGACUGCUCCUGUACCACGUCAGCCUGGGGGGCCUCAACGGAGACACCCUGCUGCAGCGGGGCUCCAUUGACACUCUCCUCAGCCUGGCCACCGGGGAUCCCUACCCCCUCAACUUCUCCGUUGACCCCACAAACGCCCAGCGGCUGGUGGUGUCGACCGUGCACCCGGGUAACCAAGCGCAUACACUCAGAGCCAUCAAGGUGUGCCAGUCGUACAUCUACAUUGUGGAUGAGAUUCUGCUGCCCACGCGGAACAACAGCCUCUCCUCUGUUCCUGCAGUGAACACAACUUUCCUGCAGUCGCUCAUCGGCGCCGGCAGCAACGCUGCCCCCUCCACUGGCGCCUCCGGCGUUGGCACUAUUACAGACCCGAGCUGCCAGACCAGCUUCCUGGCGGCUGCCCAGGCGACGCAGGGGCUGGACUUUUUGGUGCAGGCCAUCCAGCGCGGCAACUUGGCCGACGUGUUGCCGGCUGCCGGCUCUGGCGCGACCGUUUUCGCGCCGAACAACGAGGCCUUCACCAACAUGCUGCAGACCCUGAAUCUGACCAUUGUGGAGGCGCUGAAUCUGGGAGACAAGCUUCAGAGCCUGCUGUACUACCACUUCCUGCCCUCCGCCUACACAGGCCCCCAGCUGGCAGACACGCAGACGCUGAAUACUGAUCUGGGCAUCAGCACUGGAACUCCCUACAACCUCUCCUUCGGCCGCGCGCCCGACGGCACGGUGCAAGUGGCGGGCCAGUACCCGGGCAACAUAGCCAACGUCCUCAGCACGACCACCGUCUGCAACUCCAUUGUGCACGUGAUUGACCAGGUGCUGCUGCCCACAAACUCGCUGGACACAGUCCCCCCUCCGGGCAGCGGGCUGACCGGCGGGCAGCCUGCCGGGCAGCCGGGCAUCGGCAGCCUCUUCCCGGGGCUCAGGAUCGGCAACAAGCAGACCAAGGCCACCGGCCGGUGCUCCCAGGCCUUCCUUGACGCCGCCAACAAGCAGAACCUCACCUUCCUAGUCCAGGCCAUCCAGGCCGGGAAUCUGACCAACGAGCUGCCGGACUUCGCGGCUCCAAGCACUGCCUUCGCGCCAGUCAACAGCGCCUUCUACAAGAUCAUCACCGGCACAGAUUACGGUUUGGACAAGCUGGCGACAGCUGGCACCAGGCUGAAGAGUGUGCUAUUGUACCACAUCCACCCCAGCGGCUCGCUCACCCUUGGCCAGCUCAGCGCAGCAGGCAACCUGACUACGGUCCUGGGCCAGGAUCUGAAUGCCAACUACCCGCUGCAGGCCAGCACUAAUACCACCAACGGGGCUGUCAUCAGCGGGCUGUCCCCAGACAACACCGCCAACAUCCUGGGCAGCUUCACUGUGUGCAAUACCACAGUCUAUUUGGUGGACACCGUGCUUCUGCCAGCAGCUACAAUUGAUGAUAUCCCCCAGAUCAAUGUCACCACUGUGACUGCAGCCAGCGCCACAGUUGUGUCCGCACCAGCACUCGCCCCCAAGACAGGCGUCGUGUCCGCGAAUUCUCUGCCGGCCACGAGGCAACCGCGCGCGCUGGCUCCCGCCCCAGCCGCUGCCGGGCUGCAGACACUGGCGCAGCCGCCGGCGCGCGCCGCUCGGCCGGCCACCGGUGCCGCCGCGGCUCCCGGCGCUCCCGCGCUCAACGGCGCUGCUUUUGGUGUGGGCUGGUACACGGGCUGCCCGGUGACAUACCAAUCCGGGCAAUUGAGCGGGCAGGCCACGACUAACAAUGCCGGAGCCUUCUCGAUCCCCGUCACUGGCGCCACAAACUUCGCCAACGGCCUCAUCAGCCUCCCCGCUGACUCACCCAAUUGCGUGGAUGCACUUACCAAGCUGCCACCGCCUUUCUCUCUUGGAGCACUCGUGCCAGCUGGCAAGGGCAGCCAGGCGCCCACUCCAUCUUUGAACGCGCUCACAACGAUCGCGUACUACAUCAAGCAGAACGUGGACUCUCCGCAGCUGACCUCAGUGCUUCCCCUCCUGGGCGGCGCUGCAUUCACUGCUGACCAGUUGGACGUUCUCCUAGGCGUGGCCUUUGGAGUGUCCAAUGCCGGCACCGCCAUUCCUUCAACCAACUAUGUCAACGGCCUCUUGGGUGGGGACCUGAACGCGAUGAAGCUGGAGGUGUUGAAUGCUGAGCUGCUGAGCUCGCUCGCCAUCGGCGCCCAGGUGCUCAUCGCCCUGCGCCCCAACGGGCAGCAGCUCACCGUCGAUCAGGCAGUCCAGGCGCUGUAUCUCUCCACUCUUCCGGUGGGAGUCAGCGCAGUGACAGGCGGCGGCUCGUUCUCCCUGACAUCAGCCGACGUCCUCUCCAAGACUUUUGACUCCGCGAUCGCUAGCUUCAACACCCCGGCCCCGGCUGCUGCGGCCGGCACCGGCGGCGGUGCCGGCGGCCGGCGAUUGGCGCAGGCCACCUCGGCCGCCCCUGCGCCCUCCCUGACCGCGGACCCGAGGAUCCAGGCGGUUGGCACCACAACGGGCCAGCUCAACACAAAGCUGGAGGCGAUCUCCACCAACUUUGCAUCGGGUGCUGUCGACGGGAACACCGCUCUGAGCCAGAUUGCGACAAUCGUGAAAGUGGCUCAGUCGCAGAUCGCACCAGCUGUCGCGCAGCUUCUGGGGGCCAGCCCCACGCUGACUGUGCAGGCCUUCCAGCAGGCUUACACUGGCAACGCCCUCAGCCGCCUCGUCGCCGCCUGAGCGCUGCGGCUGCACUGUGCAUUUCAGCCCUUACACAGGGUCUGACCGUCAUGACACCGUAAUUUACACCGUAAUGACGUGAGACCGCAAUGACCGUCAACCGUAAGGCCCACAGCCCUAGCUGCACAUGAUGCAGUUUGUCGCUAUCUGUCAUGGAGCAGUGGCUGCAUGUGAUGCAGUGGAUGCGCUGAGUGAUGAUCACUCACGAUGAGCGUUCAGCGGUGACUGCAUGUGGACAUUUGAAGCCCUGCAUGGGAUGCCUGUCCUAAUGUUCAGGCAGCCUGAUGUUCCCAGAGAGAGGGCGUUGCCUCUCAGUGGCCUCUUCUAGAUCCCAGCUUAUUCCAGUCAGGCAAAGAAGAGGGGUGUGCAGUAGCAAAAGAUUACUAACGAGUGUGAGGUUGAGUCUAAAUGCUGUACUCAAGAACCAUCAACUCCCAAUUGUUCAGGGGAGGAACUCAAGACAAGCUGUGCCAUUGAAUCCCACCAGUUCUGGUUUCUUUGUGUUUUAAGAACCCGUUGUCAGCGCCAAAAAUUCAUUUGAAUGGUCCCUUGUUUUUUUUGCUAUAGGUAUGCUUGAAGAGUAUGGGCUCGCUGGUCAGUGCAUGUUGCAAUCAAUCAAGAAGAAGCAGGCUUUUUACCUCUCACAGAGUGUGCGGCUUGAGUUAUAACUAACUAAUUAGUGCAGAAGUAAUCUACACAAUCUGAAAUGAUAUAUCUGUAAGGAUAAGUGACAUCAAUUC